GUCACUAUGGAGAGGGAGCAGCACAGGUUCAGUCUGUGCCCGGGACUGGAGACGGGCGGUGAGGAGGGGAGAGCUGCGCUGCUGGGGUCGUCUGGUCCUUAUUUACCCCCUGUCACAGGUACCGGCGCUUGUCAAGGAUGGACUCUGAUUUCUGACGGGAAGGUUGUUGCUGGUACGAUAGAUGGCUGCAGCUAAGAAAGGUGUAAAGCAGAAGGUGUCGGGCGUGCGCUUUGCGGGCUUGUCUGAGGAGGGCGCUCCCGGUCAUGUGCACUUUGAAGAGAAGCUGCAUGACUCAGUGGUGAUGGUCUCUCAGGAAGAAGAUGGCCAUUACUUGGUGAAGGUCGGCUUUCUGAAGAUCCUACACAAGUAUGAGAUCUCUUUCACGCUACCUGCGCUGCAGCGACUUGGGAGGAAUAUUUGUGCCGUUCCUUUUCCGAACCUGAACCUCAGAGUGACUAACAUCACGGCCGUGCCUGAAGGACACUGCAUUAAAUGUGAAUACACGGCUCAUAAAGAAGGCGUCUUAAAGGAAGAGAUGAUGCUGGCCAGUGAGACCAACCAUAAGACUCUCGUCAAAGUGGUGGUCCAGGCGCGGGUCCUGGACCGCCAUCACGGCACCCCGAUGCUGCUGGAUGGAGUGCGGUGCAUCGGGGCCGAGCCGGAGUACGACUCUGAGCAGAGCGACUGGCACGGCUUUGACUGACGUCGCUGGUGGAUUAUGAACAGUCGCCCUCUUUGUGCCGCUCAAACCUAUAGCCAUGAAGAUUGUAGGGCUUGGGGAGAGUCUCGGAGGAGGGGCUGGUGCCCUCUGCUCGGCGGAGGGUACAUGGCGGAUGGAGCCCCUGAAUCCCCCGUGGCUUUGUGUCAUUGUGUCUUUACCUUCGUCAGUACCUCUUAUAUAGCCAGCUCCCAGAGAGCCGCCGUCUCCUCCUGCUGUGCAUUGAUAGCUGCCGCCAGUCCCUCAGGUACGAGGACGUGAGUCGGGGGCUGGACCGGCAUGUGGUGAUACAUCAAAAAAAUAAAAUGAUUUAUUUUUAUGUGA